UUCUUCUUCACUGUGUUUCCUCGUAGUUCUGAAAUAUGGAUCGGAGCUCCUUCUCCCCUGGGACCCGGAAAACCCGACCUAAAUCCGAGAUAUAUUCCACCUUCGUGGUCCACGACGAUGAAGAAGAUGACGACGGCGGAACCUACCGGCGGCGGAAAUCCGGAAGCGCGGGACCACAGGACGAUCCGUACGCGACAAUGGUCUACAAAGACAACGGCCACGGCGUUGGCGGCGAUGACGACGACGACGAAGAUUCGUCUCUCCCUCCGCUCCUCAAGCGCCUCCCCAAGGACUUCGGCGGCGGAGCGCCGCUGGACUACGACUACGACGAUGACGACGAAAAUUCCGGCGAUUUUGGCACCGUGAUCGUGAAGACCGAUCGGAGCCGGCAGCGCGAUCGGUCUUCUUCAGGAUUGGCUUCACCGGCGGGGUCGACCUGGAAGGGUCGGAGUUAUUCUCAGGCGAGUCCUAUGAACAGGCUCGGCGGCGGCGAGGUUGAUGAUGAAGACGACGGAGAAGACAGCGGAGGUUUUUCAACCUUUGUUGUGCGUUCGACGGUGAGGUCCGGCGAGAGAGAGACUGUAAGCGGAACGGUGGUGCGGCGGACGAGUGGCAGCGGCGGCAGUUCGACGAUGGAGAGGGCGGUGGCGAGCAUGCAAGCUGUGGGAGAAGUUGGAUUCGGGAAGCAGAGGAAGGGAAGUGGAUCCUCGCAUAACGAGGAGGGUAGGCAGCAAUUAGUAACGACCAAGGUAUCGUCGAGUUCGAUCCCUGAUAGUGUUAUCAGAGAGGAUCCUACGACCAAGUACGAAUUGCUCAACGAACUUGGGAAGGGGUCCUAUGGGGCUGUUUACAAAGCUAGGGAUUUUAGAACCUCAGAGAUGGUUGCUAUCAAAGUCAUAUCAUUAUCUGAAGGGGAGGAGGGAUAUGAGGAAAUCCGUGGUGAGAUUGAGAUGUUACAACAAUGUAAUCAUCCGAAUGUUGUCCGUUAUCUUGGAAGCUAUCAAGGAGAAGAGUAUCUUUGGAUAGUGAUGGAGUACUGUGGCGGUGGAAGUGUUGCCGAUCUGAUGAAUGUGACUGAUGAAUCACUGGAUGAGGGUCAAAUAGCAUAUAUCUGUAGAGAAGCACUGAAGGGACUUGACUAUUUGCACUCAAUUUUCAAAGUCCAUAGGGACAUUAAAGGUGGGAAUAUCUUGUUGACUGAGCAAGGAGAUGUCAAGCUAGGGGAUUUUGGUGUUGCUGCACAGCUUACGAGGACUAUGUCAAAGCGCAAUACGUUCAUUGGAACCCCCCAUUGGAUGGCUCCGGAAGUUAUUCAAGAAAGUCGGUAUGAUGGAAAGGUAGAUGUGUGGGCUCUUGGUGUGUCUGCAAUUGAAAUGGCUGAGGGUAUGCCUCCAAGAUCAGACGUGCAUCCGAUGAGGGUUUUAUUCAUGAUAUCCAUCGAACCAGCUCCAAUGCUUGAGGACAAAGAAAAAUGGUCUCUGUAUUUCCAUGAUUUUGUUGCAAAGUGCCUGACCAAAGAGCCUCGUCUCCGCCCUACAGCAUCUGAGAUGUUGAAGCACAAAUUCUUUGAAAAAUGGAAAACUGGAUCUGCUGCAAUGUUGCCAAAACUAGAAAAGGCAAGGCAAAUGAGGGCUUCAAUGGCUUUGCAGGUGCAAACUCUUGCUCCAGCUGCAUUGGGAGAUCAGUCAACGUUAGCCUCAAAGCUAAAUGACGAAUAUGGAGAUACUGUUCCAUCCAGACCUCAUAACAUAGGGGUUGAAGGGGCUGCUGAUCUUUCGUCACAUGGGACUAUGAGGAAGCUGCAUAAGGUGGAAGAUGUGGACACAAGUGACGCAGGCAAUUUUGGCACUGUAAUAGUCCACGGAGAUGAAUUACAUAAGAUCACACAGGAUGCAGAUUCAGAUUCCUUAUCUGCUCUCACCAGUGACACUGGAGGCAGAUUGGCUGACCCUGGGAUUGAGAGUCAAAAAGUUGGUGAAACGAACACUGCCUCUUUUAGAGGAUCUAGUUCUACUACAGAUACCAUACAAUUGUCUUUACCUCGUUUAAGUAAUUCAACUGAGCAGAACCUCACAACAGAAGGUAGUCAUCAAGCACAAGCUGGAAUUAGAAGUGAUAUAAGCACUAGCACACCGAAGAAUGAAACAGUCAGCCGCAAAGCAUUUGCUUUACAAGAUAAGCUUUGGUCAAUUUAUGCUGCUGGUAAUACAGUGCCCAUCCCAUUCUUAAGGGCAACAGAUAUAUCACCUAUUGCUCUCCUGUCAGACAACGUGCUUGGUGGCAUGCAACAGGAUACCAGUGGAACUGGAACAGUGGAAGCAUUGCAAGAGCUUUUUAGUGGUGAUGGACAGUCCAAAAAGGGCCGGAGAGGAUUAAAUGAGCAGAUGCCACUUCCUCCUAGCAUUUACCAAAGAUUAACAUCAAGUUCUACUCUAUUGAAUUUGGCACAGGCUUUAGCUUACCAUAAGAUGUGUUACGAAGAUAUGCCACUGCAGGAGCUGCAAGCAACGCAGGAGCAGCGGACCAUUCAAAAUCUCUCUGACACACUUCGAACCAUUCUUCGGUUGUAGGAAGGUAGAUAGAUCUUAUUGCCUUUAGUCUAAAUCCCCUACCCUUACUGGCUGCAAAAAUCACCUGUGCCGUUUCUUGUCCCAUUGAUAUGAUAAUUUCUUACAGAUUAAUGGCAGAGAAGCAAUAGUUUUUUUUUGUUUUUCAAGGUGUAUGGUUGUGUGAUUGGUACUCAAGGUUUGCUAGUUUCUUUUCACUUUCUGAGUCUGUAUUUAAGUAAACCCUAGAAGAAUAGGGUUUAAGUAAGCUGUAACAUAUUUGUAUGUAAAUAUUGUGUAUCUUAUAUCUAUCAACUAAUAAUGUUGCACGUACACAUGCUGUAAUCACUAGUGGGAUUUUUGGAGUAAUUCAAGAACUUUGUG